AUGGAUGUAUUACAUUAUUCGUUUAGUUUGAGUGCCUGUCCGAAAUGUCAUUUAUUAGUUUGUAAACACACAAGUCUUGCUAAUCUGGAUUUUAGUUCGAUUGAACCACCAUUAUCAUCAUUUGAACACGAAGAAGAUGGUUGUGAAGACGACGAGGAAGAAGAAAAACAAUCGAUCAUUGAACCCAAUCGGCGAACUUCCAAUCUUAGCUCGAGAACGCCUUAUCAAAGGUUAUCCUCACAUGGAAUGAACUUCUAUGUUUUGCCAUCGACAGUUCCAUCUGAUCAUCGUCAUAGCUGGACAACAUUUGGCAGUGAUACAAUUGAAAGCAUUCGGACAUUAGAGAAUAGUUCUCUUGAUCAGGAAACCCUGUGUGAUAAUACUCCAUUUGCUAAUGAAAAUAUCAUACAUUCAAUGACACCAAUAAAACCAACAUUGAAUCAACUCGCGCGCACACAAUCUGAACGUUGUCACAAAAUUUACAAGCCACAUAUUUAUUUAACAAAAAGUUAUUCAUUCUCGACUAUUUAUACAACACCAAAAUCACUAACCCUCUCGCCGCAUACGCAACCAACGACGACUCAAUCUGAACUUUUUCAUCGAAAUUUGUCAAUAUUGAUCUUUGUGAUAUUAAUCAUCUCGUAUCUUUUAACAAAUACGUUUGAUAUUGUUCUUUUGUAUAUCUAUUAUCAUACAAAUUCGAUCUAUUUUCUCGUCUUCACAUUAACUAUUUCCAUGUGUGAUAUCAUUUUAUGGCUAAACAACUUGAUCGAUCGAAAGAAUUUAUCCACCCGUCUGUUGUUAAUCCCGUUUGUCUAUCGGUUUCAUCUACUGUAUGAAUUAGUCGAAUUCGUCUUGAUUGUCUGCAGUAAAACUAUGGUUGAUACUACACGAAUAUUUGAUUCCUCAUCCUCCCCAUCAUCAUCGACGACCACAACCUUAGAGACUAACGUAUCUCAAACAACUAAUUCAUCUCUUCUCUCUUCUAAUCAUCGACAACGACAGCAAUCGAUGAAACGACACAUUUUUCAAUAUUUAACAUUGUUCUAUGUACUUCAUUCAAGCUUUUUACUAUUGAUCAAUCUGUUUUUUUGGUCAAAUCAUUUUCAAUUAUCCACCCAGUCGACAUUGAAUAUGGAUUACUUUAUACCAAAAUGGUCGACAAUGCCAGACAUCGACUUAGUAUCAUCGACGUCAAUGAAUAUGAUCCCAGUGCAUUCGUCAAUGUCAUCGAUUUGGUCAAAACUUGAAGAACACGAUCGAAAACAUCUCAUCCGUCUGAAUUGGACCCGAUCUUUAUUUUAUGAUGACCUUCCACUGAACAUUCGUUUACCAUCUGCAUCAACAUUUGUUCUAAUUAGUAUUUGUUAUCAUCUAUUUUACAACUAUUCCUGUUUAUCCACCCUACUCGAUUUCAAACGAAAAUCUCUAUUGAUUCCAAUCUCCAUUCUUUCUCGAUGUACUUUGAUCGUUACACGUAUUUACACAUUUAUCUUUCUUUUUCAAUUGAAAGUCUGGUGGUUUCCAGUGACAUUUUGUAUUGUUCAUCUGUCGUUAAUGACGAUCCUUCUCAUCGAUCGAUCGAAACAGCAAGAUUCACAUCGGCAGAGAGUUUUUCUUCAAAUUGUGUUCUCGUUUCUUGCGCACACUUCAAUCAAUGAUAUCUCUGUAAAUGCGCUGGUCUCAUUGGAGAAUAUCUCAAUCUUUUUACAUCGUCUCUACUUGGAAACCUUCUCCUUACACAAUGAAACAACGUUACGAUUGAUCAUUAUUCUUUCGAUAAUGAUUGCCAUGCAAAUUCUGGGUUUUUUAUUUGAUAUUUUAUCGAAACAUAUGUGUUACCGAACAGAAUCAACCAAUGAAACAAUGACGAAAUUAUAG